GCGCUCGGACGGCGCCGGGCGGGAAUCGCCCUCAUGGUGAACGGGAUUAAAGAGAACCAGAUCCUCUGAACUGGGGGGGGGAAAAACCAGUGCCAAGAUGCCAUCCAGGAAGAAAAGCUCCAUGUUUGCCUGCUCCUUCUGCGCCUGUGUGGGCUCCCUGGCCCUGGUCUGCGUGGCGCUGGCCACGCCGCGCUGGGCGAGCAGCGAGCUGCGCUUCGCGCGCGCCGCCUCCAACCUCACCAUCAGCCUCAGCUACGGCCUCUUCAGGGGCACCUGCGAGCAGUUCGUGGAUGUGGGACUCCAGGUGCCCGAAAAAACCUUCCAAGUCUCGGACGCCCUGAGCAGCAGCAGCAGCAGCAGCAGCAGCAGGAGCCUGAACGUCGCCAUCGUGGCGCUGCUGGUGCUGGCCCUGCUCAGCUCCCUGCUCAGCGCUGCCUUCACCUGCACCAACGCCGUCAGCAACCCCUACCAGACAUUCCUGGGGCCCCUGGGAGUCUACACCUGGAAUUCCCUGUGCGGAGUCCUCAUCCUCCUAGCCAUGAUCCUUUUCCCUGUGAACGUGGAAGGGAACAGGCUGGCUGUAGAGCUGGUCCCUGAAGGAUGCUCCACCCACGUGGAGACACACCUUGGAUCCAAACACAGCUAUGGAUAUUCCUACUGGAUCAUGCUGCUCAUCCUUUUCCUGAACAUCGCUUCUCUCACCAUCAUCUAUUUCUAUGACCACGCCACAUAUUCCAAGAAGAAAGAGCAGGAGAGACCCAUUGAAAAUGCACCGAAGGAUGUUAUCCUGUUUUAAGGACACCUUGGGAAAGAGGGUGUGAAGGAAGAUGAUUUUAACGAGGACAGCAAGUUUCUGUUUGCUCUGAACCGUGGGCACACUUCAAUUCCCAUUUUGUUUCGAGGACACAAAACCAGUUUUGGUUUCAGCUGAGCAGGAAGAUCAAAGCCAUUGCUGUAGUUAAACCCCCAUUGGAGUGGGAUUUGGGAGCACCAAGAUCCCUUGGGAUGGGGAGAAAUGGUCACUGAGCUGCUGCUGCUCCGUUUCCUCCUUGCUCUGCUCGGGGAUCUCCUGCAGCUCUGGAGGCUCCUGAGCAUCUUUGGCUCUUGUGGCCAAAACCCCCAGAGCUGUGCUGGAGUCCCCCUGCCUGCAGGCAUGUCACAGCCUGUGGAGGUGGCACUUGGGGACACAGGUGGCCUUGGCACUGGGGAGUGCUUGGGCUCGCUGGAUUUUCCAACCUGGAUGAUUCAACAGUUCCAUGGCAGCAGAGAACAAUGAAUAAUAAUGAAUAACCCAGAGGUUACCCAUGCACAAUGAUCCCCUGAGCGCUGCCAGGAGCAAAGGGCAGAGCCACACCUGGGAGUGCCCAGCCCCCUGCUCUGCCUGGCACCCAGUGCCCCCAGCUGGGUCAUCAGGGAGGAUUUCUGCCCAGGGCCACCCCUUUGCCCGGUUUGAGGAGGGUUUUGUGUGCUCACAGGGACACACGGCUGCAGAACUGCCCAGGAGAGGGGCAGCUCCCCCCCCUUUCCUCCCAGGGCAGGGAGCAGUGCGACCUUGGGGCAGAUCCAAAGUGCAAAAUCCUGCUCAGAGCACGUGUUCACCACUGUGGUCAGCACUCCUGCUCCUUUGCCCUCACCUCUGCAGCCAGGAGAGGCUUUUUUAUUCCUUUAAAAAGAAAAAAAAAACUCCUCCUUUUCCUCUCCAGUGUGAUUUUUCAGUCGUGCUCCAUAUCUGUCCUGUGAUACGAGAGAUGCUCGUGGAGAUUAAAAGCGUUUUGAAGAGGGGAUGAGGAGAUACAAGAGGUGAAUCCUCACUAUUUAUGUCAGAAAAAUAAAGUUUGGAGAUGAAAGCAGCCUGCACUUUGUGCAGCUGUGCCCUUUCAAAGCAGAGGGAUUUUCCAUCCCACUUAAAAGGGUGAUGAGGGCAGAGUGGGGAAUAAAAUAAAAAUAAAAGAGGGUUUCUAAGACUUGAAGGGUGGCACAGGUCAAUAAAAUCAGGGCUGAUCUUUGCUCUGUGUGCCUGGGAGGGCUGCAAAUGUUAUGGUGGAGCCAAACAUUUGCCAGUUUUGAUUUGGCUGCAAAAAUUUUCACACUUCCAGCAUUCACCUGUCAGUGCUGGGCCCAGCCAGCAUCCAUCACACAGCACAGCUCUGCUCAGAGUGACCUGCUGGAGGGAUGGAGCUGGAAAAAUGCAGGAGGAGCAAGAAUUCCACUUGUGGAGAGCUCAGAGCAUGAGCUCUAUGU